AUGUAUUCAGAGCCUGAGUUUAAAAAGCCGUAUGAUGAUUUUAGGGAGAGGUAUCCAUCAUGUACUAAGUAUCUUGAUAAAUCAGUCGACGUCAAAAAAUGUGCGAAGUGUCAUUUCCCCGGUGCAAGAUACAACAUAGACACCUCUAAUUGUGCGGAGUCUUUGAAUGCGCUAUUUGAUAAGGCGCGAAAGAUGUCUUUAUUGCUUAUGUUUGAUACAGUUAUUGACAAAAUAGCUGAGUGGUUCAACAGACAUAGGAAGUAUGCAGUAUUAGGACCGUCGUCUCGAAAAUGGGUUCCUUUAGUGGAGAACAAAAUCCAUGACAGAGUACCGAAAGGUACAAAACUUACAGUGACUUCGCUGAACACUUUUCAACUAGAAUACAGUGUUAUUGGAGAGGACGGGAAGACUUAUUUAGUGGAUUUACGCAACAAAACGUGCAGUUGCAGGAAGUUUGAUAUAGAUAAAUUCCCAUGUAGACAUGCAAUAAGCGUUGUCGUUAAGUGUUUAAAGCAUGAUAGACCAGUAGAGUUGAGUGACAUCUAUGAUUUCAUCUCGAGUUAUUACUUCACUAAAGUGUUGGGUUUGGCGUAUCGAAGGACUGUAUUUCCCGUCCCUCAUAUUACUGAUUGGAUGGUUCCACAGUCAGUCGCGGAUGAGUGUCCCUUACCUCCACUGGAACUCAAACAACUGAAGGAUCGCAGGGAUCUCAAGGCACUCAAGGCACUGAAAAAACUGAAGGAGCUGAAGAAACUGAAGGAGCUGAAGGAACUGAAGGAGCUGAAGGAACUGAGGGAAAUCUUUGAAAACUUUGUGAGACUUUGUGAAGACUUUGUGAAAACUUUGUGA